AUGGACGCGUCACCAGUCACGCCCGGGGAGCUGCUGUGUCUGGGCUCCAGCCUUGCCUUCUCCGGUCUCUUCUACUACCUGUAUAGGAAGAAAGCCAGAGUGGUGGCGUGCAUACAGGAGGCCCCAAAACUCCAGGUUGAUGAUGAAUUACCAGCAGUGGUGUCUGCAACCGAUGGGAGGUGCCUGCCUUACGUUGCCCUGGAAGGUAAGGAAACUCUGCAUAUUUUUUUUUCCCUCCCCAGCCAUUACCAUGAGGGGCUGCAGGGCGUGAUCCAGAAACUGCUUCUGAAAGAGCAUCGACUGAUCUGGAACAGCUUGGCCCGGAGCUGGAGCGAGAGCGAGCGAGUGCUCUCAGAGCAGGUCUACACUGUCCCUUUCUUGCUGGCCUCGCCGGACACUCCAGCCCAUGGCUUCCGCGACCUGCUGGGCCAGUAUUUGAGCGGGGAGAAGCCAAAGGGCAUCCUGGAAACGGAGGAGAUACUACGGGUGGGGGCUGGGCUGACAGGCAUCGGUGAGCUGGCCCUGCACCCCGAUGGCUCCCUGCACCUGCAGCCACCAGCCCAGGGGGGCGAGUAUUUCCUGUGCCUGGGGGACUGGCAGACGGUGCUGGCGGAGCUGGAGUCGGCCAGGGGGCUCUGGAAGGGGGCAGCCAUACUGUGUGCCGCAGCCGGCCUGGCCGUCCUCCUGCAUGCCCUGUGCCGUGCCUACCGCCGCGCCCGCCUCAAGCAGCAGAGUGAGGACAAGGAGCCGGACAGCGAGGAGGCUGGGGACGGGGGGCCCGAGGACUCCUGCGUGAUCUGCCUGACACGGCCCCGUGAGUGUGUCCUCUUGAGCUGCGGCCACAUCUGCUGCUGCUUCCGCUGCUUCCAGGCCUUGCCUGCCCGCCUCUGCCCCAUCUGCCGGGGGCCCAUUGACCGUGUGGUACCCCUCUACCAGGCCUGA